UAAGCCGUUCCGACCAAAACAUUUUUCUCCUCAACAACAAAAUGGGGAUAUUUAUUGUUAGGCUCACGGAACUCCCCAACUAUCCCGGAUAUAUGAGCAGAGUGUAUUUUUUGUUUUAAAGUGAAGACUUGCCACACUCGGGCAGACGUAACACACUUUGGCCAACGAAACUGUCAGGAUCACACACCAACCACCAGGCCAGGUCGUCUGACUAAAGGUUUCAGUGACCUAAGACAAGUCCGCCUUGUUUGAUCUCAGACAAUAUCUCAGUAGAGGUGACAAUUCUGUCAACAGAUAAGCAAUUCUGUUGUGUCCAUAGUUCUGAAAUUCAUGUAUAACAUACACAUAUCUAGGAUUAAAAGCAAGUUCUGAGGCUCUAGAAGAUUCCUAAUUAAAGUCCAAACCUCCCGCAGGACGACGGGGGAUGGCAGCUGGCAGGGUAUGAACCCUCGGCCAUCGAGAAGUCGGAACAACAGUCCAGCGAGCAUACCGCACGGCCAAGCAGCAGAGUUAAGGUCCAUUCGAUGACCAUGGCGGUGACCAGUACAUUUCAAUGGCAAGACUAUCUGGUGUUUGGUGUCAUGUUGCUGGUAUCGUCUGUCAUAGGUUUAUACUUUGGAAUCAAGUCCAAGAAGAGGCAUACGGUCAGUGCUGAGGAGAUGUUGACAGGUAGCAGAAAUCUUCCUGUACUCCCUGUGGCGAUGUCGCUGGGCGCCAGUUUUACAAGCGCUACAACAAUUUUGGGAAUUCCAGCUGAGGUGUACCUCAGGGGCGGAGAACAGUGGAUCUGGGCGCUGGGACUUAUACCAUGCUUUUUAAUCGCCUCCUUUUUCAUAGUCCCAAUUUUUUACAAGCUCCAUCUUACUAACGCAUACGAGUAUCUCGAGCUGAGAUUUAAUUAUUUCAUCCGAGGUCUCGGAUCUUUUUUAUUUGCUGUAAUCAUAUUAGUGUAUAUGGCGGCAGUACUGUAUGCUCCAGCUAUUGCCCUCAGUCAAGUCACCGGACUUUCUCGUGAGAUUUCGAUCCUUGCAAUGGGAGCUAUAUGUACAUUCUAUACAUCUAUAGGUGGCAUCCGAGCUGUGGUAUGGACUGAUGCUUUUCAGUUGGUCAUCGUCUGGGCAGGUCUCCUGACAGUCAUGUUUAAAGGAGCAGAAGAUGCUGGUGGCUGGACCAGAGUCUGGGAGAUAUCCAAAGAAGGGUCAAGGCUACCUAAAUUUGACAUGAAUCCUGACCCAUUUGUGCGUCACACAUUUUGGACUCUGUUUAUUGGGGGUGGGUUCAAUAUGCUGACAGUAUAUGGAGCCAACCAGGCCAAUUUACAGAGAUACGCCAGCGUUCGGACGUUGUGGGGAGCUAGAACAGCUCUUUUAUUGAAUCUUCCAAUGUGGAUAUUUUAUCUGACCAUCUUAUGUCUUAUGGGUCUCGUCAUGUACGUCUAUUAUCUCACAUGUGACCCCCUGAAAACUCAAAAGCUCAAACCAGAUCAGCUGGUCCCCCUGUUUGUACUACAGACUAUGGGAAAAUUCCCAGGGCUGCCUGGACUUUUUCUGGCUGCUAUUUUUAGUGCUUCUAUAAGUACAGUGUCAUCUGGUAUCAACUCAUUGGCAGCUGUGUCUCUGGAAGAUAUAUUCAAGCCAUGUUUUAGAUGCAUAUUUCAAACCAAGCCUUCUGCCAGAAUGACUUCCUUAGCGACAAUCAUUAUGGCAAUUAUUGUUGGUUGUGUCACUAUCGCACUGACCUAUGGAGCAGACUACAUUGGAAACACAGCAAUACAAAUAUCUUUUGGUAUAUUUGGUAUGGUUGGUGGUCCACUACUGGGGCUAAUCAUGAGCGGCAUCUUCUUUCCUUUCAUCAACAGCUGGGGUGCUGCUUUUGGCCUACUGGCCAGUCUAGUGGUCAGUCUUUAUGUAGGUAUUGACCCGGUCAUCAAUCCUGCACCUAAGUUUAGCCUGCCACUCAGAACAGAUGGCUGUCCACUAAUAAAUGCAACAGUUUGGAAUGUUACCAAUGUCUAUAACAAUACUACUACAAUAGCCAAUCAAGUUGUCUAUAACAGUACCACUACAAUAGCCAAUCAAGUAUCAUCUCAAAGUGACAGGCUCUACCUAUCUUACAUUCAUUAUGCUACUCUAGCACUCAUUGUGUCCUUCACAGUUGGCAUCAUUGUGUCUUUAAUAACAUGUUGUAAUAAAGGCAAAACUAUCGAUGAAAGAACUUAUUACCAUUACAGCUGGCUGUGUUCUAAGAAAAACUCCAGCUAUGAUUUGGGACAAGAUAUGACUGACAAGAAAAAAGAAAGACUAGGGUCCUUUGAUGAGCAGGACUUUCACACUAGGAAUGGCAUCAGUAACCCAGACUUCCAUGAUCCUGAUAUUUUGAAGAAAACAGAAAAUCUAUAAACUAAAAUGACAUGAGCAAAGGCUUUGAGAUAGUAAAAUUUACCAGAGAUCCACUAAAGUAGCAACACUAGUAACUGUGACUCUAGGAAUGCAUCUUUGCUGGCUUCUCAAGACUACUACUUACCAACUCUCAAAAAGACUUUCAUUAAUUGUACACAUAAAACUAUACAAUUGGUAGAUGAUUUUUUCUGGUAAAGUUCUUACACAUGCAAAUAAAUCAUAACAAUUGACUUCAAAGGUAUUGGGAGAGCAAUGCACAACUGAAAUAAUGCGUUGAACUCAAAGUAGGCCAUACAAUUUCCAAUACUUAUGUCAGGGGCUACAAUCAGCCGAAAAAAAAAAGCAUAUCCAGUAGAAUCAAACUUCUGCAGCGUCACUAGAGGAAGAAGUUUUGAGAGGCAAGAUUGUGUUGCGCCACAGGCUGAAUGUGGCUCACAGGCAUCAUUGGUUUAGCUUUUUUGUUAUCUCUUAAGUAUCGUUAUACUUGUUUGGUCUCUGAGCACAUGAACCACAAGAGAUGCCCAUGUAACAUUUUCUAUACACAAAUAGAACUAAAUAAAUAUGUAUGUGUAUGUUAAACAGGUGUUGUUUUUUUUAAUGUAUAAGUUAAUUACAUCUAGUCCAACUUAUUCAGCAUUUAUGUAUAUUAUAUAUUGUCCUUUACUGGGUGCUAUCCAUGUUUUACCAUAUGUUUAACAGAUUGAACUGUAAACAUUAAUUUUCUUUUUUAUUGUCCACUAAAAGUUAUAACAAUUGCUAAUUAAACAUUUAUUUCAUGUGAAUUUUAUUGUCAAGCUUAAUGAUAUUUACAACCAGCAAUGGUUCCAAUUUUAAUCUCUUAAUCAAAGAAAUGUUAGCUCAAAAUACAAUUUUGUCCUAUCCUGUAUUGGAAUUGUAUUGAGUGAUUUUUUUGUUUGUUUUCUAUGUUAUGUAAAUAGGCUCCCAUUAGACAAUGGCUUUGUCUGCAUCAGAAGUGAACAAAUAUGCAAGUUGCAAGUGGGUUUGCAUAAUCACUGCAAUCAUCCUUAAUCUUCAAAAUCGAAGAAAUUGCCAUUAUUUAUUAUGUUCUGUUAAACUAAUAGCUAGAUUUUAAAAUAUCACAAAAUUUAAACAAUUACAUAAGUUGUUACAUAAUGUUAUAAUUUUUUUGAAAAUAAAGUUCAUUUGUGAGAAAAGGGUUUAGUGUACAAAAUAUUAAUCAAUGUUGAGAAAUUGUCUUAAAAUGUCCAUAUAAAUUUUUAAAUAUUGUCAUAAAUUGUUACUUUUUAUACGAUAUAUACUUGAUAUUUCUGUUUCCACGAUUUUUAAUGUAAAUAUAUUUAUUAGCAAUGUUGACUUUUGUUUAUUUAUCAUUAUAAAGUGAUGUCCAAUAAAAGUUAUAUGCCUGCAAUCUUCACAGUAAAUUAUGAAUGUUAGUUAAUUCUUUUAUUUCAAUCCCUUGUGAGUUCUCAAAUUUCUAUAAAAUUAUAAUCUGAGAUUGCAUAUAAUAUCCAUUUGUAUGUAUAUCUUAUCAGCUGUAACAUUCUCAUUAAAUUUUUCAAACACAUACAAUACUAUUGAGACAGUGAACAACUGGAGGUGAAUUUCUAAAACAAAAUAAUGAAUUAAAACCUGGUUGAGGGCUAGCACUUCAGAUUAUUAAAAUGGUUUCAAGUUUAAAUCCUGCCUGCUACCAUCACCUGCCAUCCUACAGGAGAUUUGUCGCCUGCCCUUGAAGUUUUCUUUCUUGUCUAUUAAGGGUGUUUUUAGGUAUAGUAAUUAGUUUGCGUUGGGCGGUAUUUGUCGUCAAGAAUAUUGUGUUUUACAGUUUUACAUCAUGCUUAGUUUAUUGUGUUUUUCUUUUAGAAGAGAAGUUGUUCCAGCUGUAGAUUCUGUUUGCACUACAGUUUUCAUAUGUUGAUAUUUUGGUAAAGGUGUUGUUAAUGAAAGUUCUGUGAUUUAGCAGCAUCACUAGAUCUAACUUAUUCUUUGUUUAAGGGUGUUAGGCUUGGGGCAACAUUGGUGUGUGUAGUUUUGAGCUCACCCCUGGAGCCGUGACUGAACCUUGAUUAGUUUGAGCCUUGCAUCUCUGUGUUGUAGUAUUUGAACCUACCCGGGAUGUGUGGCCAAAAAUGUGUGUGUGAGCGUGAGGUGUGUUCAUUUGUACAAUUAAUAAUGCAUUAACUUAUUAUCACAUGAUUUGUACCUCUUCUGAAUAUUAAAUAUUUGUAUUUAGUAUUACAAGUUA